AUGGAUCACAAAGAGCAUACUUUGGAGGAGCAAGAACUUAUAGAAUAUAUUUAUAGGGAUGGAAAACAAGUGCUAAUAGUGAAACCACUCAACUUUUAUAAGACUCUGCCCGAUCAAAUUGGUGAUUAUAUUAUAGAGCAAAUUAAUAUAUAUAUUCAGGAAUUAAGAAAAUUAGAAGUAAGUGAAGAUCGAGAGCAUCGGUUGGCUAUAGUUGUAUUUAAAGACGAUGGUGCAAGUGAAAAGAAGAAAAGAGGAAGGGAAAUAAAAAACGUGGUGUUGGGACCAAUUUUGGCUUCUUUUGAACUACCACAUUUUUGUUACGACAGCAAAAUUAACAUUGAAAGGAUACUUGCAGUCCCUCCUAAGAAAUGUGAGAAUUAUGGAAAAGAUAUAGAUAUUACUCCAGUUGCAGAUCGAAGAUUUUCUGUCAUUGAAAGAGCAAAUAAUUGGAAAAUUCAAUUGAGAAAACGGGAAGAUAAUCGAAUAGAUAUUAAUGCUACACAUUUACCCUCAAACAAGCAAUUUCGUUCGAAGCCUGAAGUGGCUAACUUUAUUCUCUAUGAAGCUCACCUAAAACCUAAAAGCAAGGAGAAAAAGUUUACUGAAAAUUCUAGUGGAUGUGAUGUGAAAGGUUCAACAUCAAAGAAAAGAAAAAAUGAGAGGAAGCAACAUGAAUAUGAUGGAAUGGAUUGA